GAUUCCUCUGCCACCUUACAUUGAAGAUGAAAUGUGGAUUCCACCCCACAUGGCACCUGCGUUGUUCAGUAAUAAAAGUCCACCAAUUCCCAAGAAAAAUGGCUAUUCUAUGCAUCAAUGUUUCUUCCCUCUAACCUUUUUUAUUAAUUGUUGCCGUAACGAUACCCCUUUUCUGAACCAUGCAUAGUAUUUUGGUAGUAUUAUAAUGUUCAAUGGAUCUGAAAUUCAUCUCUGCCUCUGCAACUCUCAGAAUUUCAUGAUCUGAAAUGAGAGUUUGGACAGGUUUCAGGACACAUUCAUAAUCCAAUUCAUCAUUGUUCUUUCUCUCCUCCCAAAGUUUGAGCUAGUGAGAGACAUCUUUGAGAAUGAGAUACGUGGAGGAUAAAGGAUGCUAUAACAACCAUGUAGCAACAACACAAGACACUCCAAAUAGCAGUGCCGUGUACUCAGAGUUUCACAAAGGAAAGGAUGCUACUCGUGUCUCUCACCACCACAGAACAACCAUGGGGAAACCAACCCCUUCUAAGUGGGACGAUGCACAAAAGUGGCUUGUGGGGUUGUCAAAAGGUGGAGAGAAAAGCCACUCCAAAAGCAAGCCAAGAAACUCAAAUGCAGAUGAUUUGAGACUCAUAGCUCCUGUGCCACAGAAGGAGAAUGAUUACUCAAGUAGCGAGAAGGAAGAGGAAGAAAUUGAUGCUUGCCAUGAUUUCAUGACUAGUACUACUAGUGCUAAUGUUAGUGCCAUUGCUGCUCAAUAUGAAGCUGAAACCAAAAGGGUAGAAUGUGAUGAGUCAAUUUGGAGAACUAACAAUAAGGCUUCAGAGAACACUAUCCAAGUCCAACCAAUAUGUUUUAGAGACAUGGGGACUGAGAUGACACCAAUUGCUAGCCAAGAACCUUCAAGAACUGGUACCCCAAUUAGAGCCACAACUCCUGCUACCAGAAGCCCCAUUCAUUCUGGGACAUCAACUCCAAUGAGGGGUCAAAAUGGGUUGCAAGUUGUUGAGAGUGGCCAUGGCUCUACUAGGCAGUGUGGAGAAGGAUCAACAAGCCCUUGCAAGGGGGUUGAAGAUCAAGCUACAAAGUUGAGUCCUCUAGAAAGCAGAGCAAUGGCUUGGGAUGAGGCAGAACGUGCCAAAUAUAUGGCCAGGUUCAAGCGUGAAGAGGUGAAGAUUCAAGCCUGGGAGAAUCAUCAGAUAAGAAAAGCUGAAAUGGAAAUGAAGAAAAUGGAGGUGAAAGCUGAAAGAAUGAAAGCAUUGGCACAAGAAAGGUUUACAAAUAAACUGGCUGCGACUAAGAGGAUAGCUGAAGAGAAAAGGGCUAAUGCACAAAUCAAGCUGAAUGACAAGGCUUUAAGGACUACCGAAAGGGUAGAGUACAUAAGAAGGACAGGGCAUGUGCCCUCUUCUUUCUCUUUCAACUUUAAGUUGCCCUCCAUUUGCUGGUAGCAGUUUUGCAAAGUAUGUGUAAUACCUUGUGUGAAAUGUAAAACCUUUUCGGUCUAGCCCAACAUAGUUGUGCCAGCUACUUCUAAAAUAAUAUUCAUUGCAAGUUACAUGAUGCUUUUCUUGAUC